UAACACUUAUAGUUUCAUGUCUUGUUCCAUAAGAAUAGAUCAUAUUUGUUAAGUGUUAUUAUGGGAGAAUUACUAUUCUUGUGCUACUACUGCCUUAUUACGCCCAUAUUAAGCAGCGCAAAAACUCAUGUACAACAACUUCCUUACUUGCAAUAAAUAAGCACUAAUUAGAGUGUUAUUGAGGAAAAACUCUCAACUAAUGGCUUAUUACUUGUAGAAUAUGGUCAUGUAGAAUACGGCAUUAAUAAGUGUUGUAUAAUGACUAAUAGAGAGCCAUUAUACUGCUAAUAUGCAUGCUAAUUAACAACUAGUUGAUGGUUAAUUUGUGUACCUUAAUAUAAAGUGUUACCAAAUACUUUUCUCAACUCUUUUGGUGCCAUUUUUGCACUUGCUGUUUUAAAGAUUUUCCAACUUGUUUUGAUAGAAUUGUAAAUCACAACAAUCAAUUAAAUAUAUUAUGUAACACAUUUCACAUAACUGUAUUAGAGUAGUUGAAAGUGAGUUGAAAUAAUAUAUAAAAUAUUAGGCUCGUCUUGUGUCUGAAAUGUGCUAUAUAAAUAAACUAACCUUAACUUAAUAUGUUUGGUUUCAACUAACUCAAUACAGUAAUGUAACAUUUGUUGACAUUAUACACAACGUUUCAGUUUUUUAGUGCACCUCAUAGCUAAUCAGAAAGCUUAACAUAUGUUUGCCAUUAGCUCAAAUGUUGUCUUAUUAUUUUCUAAAGCCUGUGGAAACAAAGUGGACCCUGUGUACGAGGCCUUGAGGUUUGGCACGUCGCUGGCACAAAAAGCCAAGAGGCCCAGUGGCUCUGAGUCUCCUCAAAGAAACUCGACCAAUGACUUGGAUAAUGUUCCAGAGGAAGUGGUGGCUCACAGCAGCAGGCAGGAGCUGUCGAGAAAACACAGCGAUGAUGUUUUCACAGUAAUCGAGAACGGAAAUGAGCAUUACCUCCAGCCAGAGAGAAGUCCUGACGACUUGCCGGUAAGAAACACAUCCAUUUUAAUCUUUGUACAUACUGUAUUACAGAUUUAAUGCACAAUACGUGUUUAGAGGAAUUGCAAGCGAAGCAGUCUGGUCAUCACAGUGAUUGCUAUUCUGGGACUCACAGUCAGUACAGUAAUGAGUAUUAUUGGUGCAGUCUGACAACCUCUGAGAACAGACUUUGUUACUGACCAGUGCCUGAACUCUUCAUGGUCACUCUGAGAACUAAUACCCAGCCAGUCGGUUCUGCCUCCAAUAAGCUCGCUGCUCUUUGCCCCUCGCCUCAAUCGUCACUGCUCGAUUUCCCAGGACUCUGAGGGAAAACUUAUCUUCCUGCUGUAACAAAUCAAACCGGAGCUGACAAGAGCACUGGCCUGAACUGAUAGAGAGAAGCUUUGAAGUCAUGUAACGUCUCAAUCUGCAGCUCUGUGUUUCUGGUAUUAUUUUCUACACCGUAGAUGCAGUGAUAAUGUUGCACAAUUCAUGCUGGUGGUGGGAGAAAAAGGUUAAACCUCUCUGAAUAUCUUGGCACCUCCUGCAGGGUAACCAUGAAUAUUUCAUGGGCAGAUUUCUAAGCGGCUCUUUUCCUGUCUAUCUUUCAAAGUGUUUUGGAGAGGUGCUUUCAGUAUCAAUGUUCUUUGUGCACUUUGUGCAGCAAUCUAUCAUGUUUACUUUUAUAGUUUAACAUGUUUAUCUCUGUUGUCAACAAUGGAAAAAGCCACACAGAUAUUUGGACAAACACAAAAAUGAACAAAUAACCAUACAUGGGAAAUAAAACUACACAUGCAGACACCUAUCCUCUCUGCAAUACAAUAUGCCAUCCGUCCAUUUUCGGGGAAGAGACUUGAAGUACAUUGUGCUGUGUUAUCAGACUGGACCGAGCACAGCUGGCAGCCGGCUGUGUGUCCGUCCGCAGACCGCUCCAUUAGCUCGGGCUGGAGGACGGACAGAUGGAGGCUCUGCAGGGUAAUGAGCAGGGGAAAACGCUCAAACUGCCUCUCUGCCAGCGAUGAAACCUCCAAUUUGAGAUGAGAGACACACACAGGA